GCUCGGUUUUCCCUGAGCGCUUCCUCUGCGAGAAACGUCGUCUUUCAAUUUUUGAAAAAAAUAUCAGGUAUAAAAAAGUAAAAAUCUUUUUUCUUGCUUAACUGCAUCCCCCAUAAAGAAACUGUGAAGUAACGCGUUGUUUUCUGAUAGAAAAAAAGUGCUUUCGAGAUUUUGCAUCCUCGAUGUUCGGAUUAUCGGUCCCGGAAGUGGUGUUACUAGUUUCCUGUGAUAUAAACGGAUGUGAUUGGUGAACCACGUCGCGUGGUCCUUGAAGCCUGUCAAGCGCGCACGAUGGGAAGUAACGUCAAGAAACGACACGCGCGCUUGUUCCUACAUCCGCUUCUUCUUUUCCUUGCAGUCUUCACCGGUGUGCGAGGAUUAAUCGACGUGUCGAUACGAGUUCCCACAGCCGUAGCUGAAAAUUCUACUGUCAAUAUGACUUGCCUGUACGACUUAGGCGAGCUUCCAUUGUAUUCGGUCAAAUGGUACAAGGGUUCGAAAGAAUUUUACAGAUACAUUCCAAAGGAAUUGCCACCCAUGAAAGUGUUUCCACAACUUGGAGCAAAAGUCGAUGUAAAUCGAAGCAGUGCACACUCAGUAAUUAUAAAGGAAGUUCAAAUGGAUUUAAGCGGCAAAUAUCGCUGUGAAGUUUCCACGGAUGCUCCAACGUUUUAUACAAAAUACGAAUUCGGGCAUUUACAAGUGGCACGUCUUCCAAAAGGAAAUCUUACGGUCCGAAUGGAAAAACGACGAUACGCUGUUGGUGACACUGUACGAGGGAAUUGCACUGCUCCAGCGGGAAGCCCACCAGCCAACAUUACAUGGACUGUCAACGGACUUCCGAUUAAUGCGAGCCACAUCACGAAUAAAUACGUGUCGAGAAACAGGACUGCGGAUAGCAGGCAACAAACAAUCGCGACACUGGAUUACGAAAUUAUACCAGAUAGCUUUAAUAGUGGCAGGCUGCACAUUGCAUGCCAUGCCGUCGUCUUCCACCUUUAUAAAGAAUAUGCUGAAAUCGUUCUAGAAGAGGAACGUCCGAGACUGGCUCCCGUACUGGGUACACGGGAAUCUAAUAAUGGAAGUGCAGCCAGUCAGAGAGAAGAAUGGGCCUACGUGAUGUUGAUAGUCGGUUUGCUGUCGAGUGGUCUAAGAUAACAUCAAUAAUCUUCGACUUUUUUUGCGCGUUUGAAUGUUAUGACGUGGUUGAAAGAGUAAAUUGUUUGUAAAAAAUUAAAAGUUGUGAGAGUGAGCUAAAUUGAAAAGACGAGCGAAUGUGCAGGACGCAAAAAAAAAGGCAAAGGACCUUUUUGUUAAAACGCGUAUCGGACGUACGUAAUUUGUGUAAAUAGGCUACUAAUUUAGCAGAACGUCUACCUGUAAACAAUAUGUCAUAGCAAGCGUCUCUGCGUGGUAAAGUUGUAAUCCGAAUAAUAUGUCAUUAUGUAUUAGAUUAGUGAUGUUACGUGCAUACUGACGAAUCAUUUCGAAAAUAUGCCUAAGGUGUUUUCUAUUCUUCUGAAUGUUACUUUGAUACCUCAGAUGACACGGCACGGCCAAUGCAAAACGUCCUAUCGAGUUUUCAAAAAAUAUUAUUGUUAUUGUUUUGAACAGAAUAUCAGU